GGGUUUUCAUUAUAUGUUUUCUGAUCACGUGAUGUUAGGUACUAGAACCAAGCCUUGCAAAGGGUAACAGGGUGAUGGUUUUCUGCAAUACAUUGGAUUCUAGUCGUGCUGUGGAUCAUUUUCUUGGUGAAAAUCAGAUUUCUACUGUAAACUACCAUGGUGAGGUACCAGCAGAGCAAAGGGUUGAAAAUCUCAGAAAGUUUAAGAGUGAUGGUGAUGAUUGUCCUACGUUGGUUUGCUCAGACCUGGCUGCUAGGGGUCUAGACUUGGAUGUAGAUCAAGUUGUGAUGUUUGACUUCCCCUUGAAUUCUAUUGACUACCUUCAUCGCACAGGUAGAACUGCUCGUAUGGGUGCAAAAGGGAAGGUAACAAGUUUAGUUGCUAAAAAGGACUUGGACUUGGCCAGCAAAAUAGAGGAAGCAAUAAGGAACAAUGAGAGUUUGGAGGCUAUCACAAAAGAAAGUGUUCGAAGGGACACUGCAAGGACCCAAAUCACAGAGCAGAAAGGAAAGGGUAGAAAAAUGGUUCAAGUUUCAAAAGUCAAGGGCAAAUUUGGUAGUCGUUCCAGUUCUGGAAAUAAUGGAUCAGGUAUAAAAUCUGGCAAAGCUUCACCUGUCAAAUCUAUGAAAAAAGGGAUUAACGUUUCAAAAUCUGGGAAUUCUUCUAGGGCAAGUAGCACCAUUAGAAAAGGUUCUUCAGAUAAGAGGCAAACAGGUAAAGUGGUCAGUACCACCAAAUCUACGAAUUCUAAACUCAAUGUGGUUGGUUUUCGGGGAAAAAAAUCAUCUUCAAAUAACAAUGGUUCGGUUUUGUGAAGUGAAUUCUGCGUCAUAUUUGUAUCUUCUAGGGAGUAAAUGCCUCUCAAUUUUGUGUACUAGAUAAGAAUUUUUCUGUUAGAUAAGAAUUCUGUAGUAAAAUUAUUAUAAUAUUAUAAUAAUUUAAUAUUUUUUU